GAAGUCGUCCGACUGUGGCGCACGUGCCGGAAUCUGACGCUCCUCGCUUGCCGCGGAGUUCUUUGCCUGGGAGUUCCGCGUGCGUUUCGUCCUGCCCCAAAGUUCGCUCCAUCCUCGGUGCCCCAACCUCUUGCCCAGCUUCUCAAGCUCCGGACCUCGACGUCUGCAGAACGAAAUGGUCACAGCCAUGAAUGCCUCGGACGAAAUAGAGCAGAUAUUGCAGCCUUACAACUUCGAGCUGUUCCAGGACAUGAGGCCCCUUUUGGAGGAGUACUGGGCAACCUCAUUCCUCAUAGCUCUGGUCUACCUGCUACUCAUCUUUGUGGGGCAGAACUACAUGAAGGCACGGAAGGGCUUCAACCUGCAGGCGCCUCUAAUCCUUUGGUCCUUCUCCCUUGCACUCUUCAGUAUCCUGGGGGCACUGAGGACAUGGGGCCAUAUGGCUACCCUGCUACUUAAGGGGGACCUAAAGCAAACUGUGUGCUUCUCCAUCUUCAUCAGCACUCCCAUAAUCAGAUUCUGGUCCUGCCUCUUUGUUCUCAGCAAGAUCAUUGAACUUGGAGACACGGCCUUCAUCAUCCUGCGCAAGCGGCCGCUCAUCUUUGUGCACUGGUACCACCACAGCACAGUGCUAGUGUAUGCGAGCUUUGGAUACAAGAACAAGGUGCCUGCAGGCGGCUGGUUCAUGACCAUGAACUUUGGUGUGCAUGCCAUCAUGUACAUCUACUACACUCUGAGGGCUGCCAAAGUCAAGUCCCCCAAGUGGUUACCCAUGCUCAUCACCAGCCUGCAGAUCCUGCAGAUGUUUAUGGGAACCAUUGUUGGCUUCCUAACUUACAUCUGGAGACAGGAACAGGGAUGCCACACCACAAUGGAACACUUCUUCUGGUCCCUUGUCUUGUAUAUGACCUAUUUCAUCCUCUUUGUCCAUUUCUUCCACCAAAGCUACAUAGUGCCCAAAGUCAAAGCCAAGACCAAGAGUCAGUGAAGGGUUGGAGAAAAAGGAGCCCCAGGCUCUCUCCCUGCCAAGGCACCAAAGGGUUGAGCUUAGGUUUGGGAGAAUAAUUAAGAUGCCUUCCCUGCAUGGUUUUUCCCAUGGGAUCUGUGCCCCAAGGUGGCAGGAAGUUGUGUCAGCCGUGGGUGGGGUGUAAUCUAGUACUUUGAUGUUUCUGUUUUUAAUGUGAAGGCCAAGCAAGCCCUGGGAUGGGGGUAGAACU